CAGUGACUCACUCGUCUCGCGACCGUUGCCCAUGACAUACACUAUGUGGCGGGAACAUUUGUUAUGUGUGUGAUGUGUGAUUGUUAAGUUCGAGUUUAAUAAUUAGUGGCAAACUUACAAAAUGAGAGUGUCUAUGAUUUUAUAAAAAGUGAAAUAAUCUUUAAGAAAGUUUUGUUGCGUCACCAUGGGAACCAACUGGUUGCUUUCACCGUUUACUUUACUCAUUAUUUGCACAGUGACAAUCCUGUGCGAGGACGAGCAGCACGAUUCUAGGGAGGGUGACGAUGUGUCGAUGCAGUGUCGUUUCGACCUGGAGCCCGUGGCUGGAGAGUCUCUCACGUACUACUGGGUCAGGAGCACCUCCAGCGGUCAUGACAAUGUUGCCAUCGGUAACAUACCCCUGGAGACGAACUACCAGAUAAACUACGCUCCAUCGGAAGGUAAGUUCGACUUGCUGGUGUCCAAUGUGACAUACGAGCGUGACAACGGUCGUUUCGAGUGUCGAGUUAAGGCGGGCGGGUCGGGGCGGACGUUACAUUCUCAAGGACACAGUCUGGUGGUCCUCACACAGCCCCAGCCUCCGAUCCUCAACCCUGGACCUCAGGCCCAAGCGCAGGAAGGCAGGCAACUCAACCUGACAUGCUCCAGCACCGGCGGAUCCCCCAGUCCGUAUAUAAAAUGGUACCGAGAUGGUUCCAUCCAUCCCUUAGAUGCUGAACUCAUACCGGGUAAGACUCGCUUCGAGCCAACGUUAUCAAUACUGACGUUGGAACCAAAUAGAGACGACAAUGGAGCGACGUUCCGCUGUGUCGUGAGGAACAGGGCCAUGAAGGAGGGGAACCAGCUCGAGGCCACUGUUGAACUUAGUGUUAACUAUUUCCCCCGCGUUGAAGUCGGUCCCGAGAAUCCUUUGCGAGUCGAGAUCGAUGGGAACGCUAACAUGGUGUGCAAGGUUGACGCCAAACCUAAAGUAAACACAGUCAGGUGGACGCGAGAUGGGAAAUAUAUAUCAAACUCGUUCACACAUCUGAUACAAGGAGUGACCGUACAGGACGCGGGCAAAUACAUCUGCAGCGCUGACAACGGACUCGGACAGCCCGGAGAAAAUGAGAUAUACUUGGACGUCCUGUAUCCUCCCAGCGUCACAGUCGAUUCGAAAACAUACGAAGCCGAAGAAGGUGGCAACGUUGAAAUAAGAUGCGAAGUCUCCUCCAACCCCGACCCUAUAUCCAUCGAAUGGACCAAGGAAGGACGAACUGAUUUCAGACAGAAAGGGAAUACGUUAGUACUGACUCGAGUCGACGCCGACAUGGCCGGAACUUACGUGUGUCGGGCCGUGAACGUGAUCGCUACCAGUAGUGGUAAUAAAGUGGAGAAAGCCGGCAUGGCGUCCGUGGCUGUGCUCGUGAGACAUAAGCCCGGACGAGCCUACAUAAGUCCAGACCAUCCGAUAGCCCAAGAAGGUACCGGGGUUACAUUGACCUGCAGCGCCAAGCCCCCCGGCUGGCCUGUACCGCAAUAUCGCUGGUUCCGCGAGAUAGAAACGGUUGACAUCAAACCUACGGUGUUGGCGACGGGGAACAAGUAUACAAUACCCAGCGCUCACCUGGGCAGCGAAGGCGUGUAUCAUUGUCAAGCUACGAACGAGCUCGGUCACAGCGAGCUGGCCACCGUCAACCUGGAAGUGUAUCAGCCGCCUAGAUUCCAGUCAAAGCUGCAACCUCACAUGAUAAAAAACUCAGGUGAAAGGAACUUCUCUCUCACAUGCGUCGCUCUGGGCAAACCUCUCCCUAGCGUCAAAUGGUACAAGGACAACUCGGAGAUCCGACCCGACGCCAACAUGUACGAGGUGAAGACCGAAAUUAAUAAGAGCAGCAACGCCGUCUACAACAUACAGAGCGUUCUCAGAUUCCACGGAAGGGCGAGGCCCAGCGGCGACGACCUGCUUCCUGCUGAUAGAGGUGUCUAUUCUUGCUCCUUUGAGAACGAAGUCAAGAAAGUGGAAUCGUCGAUGCAACUACGUAUUGAACAUGAGCCGUUAUCGAUCAAACAACAGCGGAAGGUGGCGUACGAUUUGAUGGAGAACGCUGAGAUAUCGUGUCGAGUGUUGGCGUACCCCAAACCCGAGUUCCAGUGGUACUACAGCAUGAACCCCUCCCCGCUCCAGAUGUCCUCGGACGGCCAUUACGAGAUUAUAACGACGACCGACGAAAACGACUCGUACUUGAGCGUUCUCAUCAUUAGAAAUAUAAAGUCACAGGACUACGGCGACUACUACUGCAACGUUAAGAACACGCUGGGCGGAAUACGGCCGCAGAUCAGGUUACAGCCCAAGGGCGCGCCCGAACCGCCCAAGAACCUGUCUAGUCAGAAGGUUGACGCGACCUACGUCACCUUGAAGUGGGAGGAGGGUUUCAACGGCGGUCUGUCCAGUACGAAGUACUUCGUACUGUAUCGAAGAGUCAGAUCCAUCAAUGGCGAGCCGUGCGCGGUGCAGGGCGCCGACGAGUUCGACUGGAAGGAGUACGACUGCGGCCGGGCGAACCCCUGCAACGUCACCAGGCUAGAGCAACACAACUCCUACUACUUUAAGGUGAAGGCGGUCAAUACUAAGGGUCAGAGUAACUAUUCCAAUGAAAUUUCGGUGACGACGAGGGUUGAUAAGAUAUUACCGCCGGAACAGGUAUCUUAUGACCCCAGGUCUAGUGUCGUGGGCUUCAGAGUGGGCCCUACAUGUCUCCCGCUUAUGGGAGUUAUCGAAAAUUUGGUUGCCGAUGGAUGGAAGGUGAUAGAAACUAUGCCUCUUCGUCUGUCGGGAGUCGUGUCAUCGGAACAGGAUACGACAUUGGAUCAAGUGACCGUCGGCAGCCGAGCCGAUAGGAACUCUUACGACCCCAACAUACGACUCAGGCUGAAACUGUGCCUACAGAACAACCAAAACGUCUGCAGCGAGUAUGUUGAAGCUAAGAUCGGUCCAUCGAUCACCAAAGAAGCGGUCGCCCUCACCACCGGCACCAUGAUAGCGCUGAUCAUAUCCUGCGUGCUGAUCGUCAUGGGUUUCAUACUCUUCGGCUUGUACUGUCGAUGUAAAUGUAAGGAGAAAAACAAGGGCUCGUCCAAAAAUUAUGUCGUAGAGGCCAAACGAUCGCCCGUCGACUCGCCCAGGAACCAUCCUCCCCCGCCCUACUACCCCACCACCGGCAUGGAAAACAAGGCUCUGGAGAGUUCCAUGGACGUGCCAUCGAUCAUGGAAGACUCGAAGUACUCCUCGCAACCAUACGGCUACCACAUGCCCGCUCAGGACAUACCGCCCACAGACUGGAACAUCCAGUAUCUAGAGAACAAUUACGCCAACAGCAACAACGGCGGCAGCGUCAACUCCCAGGACUCGCUGUGGCAGCUGAAGAUGGUCGCCGCCAACAACUCCUCGGGCAUGUGUCACCCCAUCAUGACCUCCGACAGGCAGAGCAACUAUGGCUACGACCCGAUCAGACACGGCGGCUACGGCACCAUCGAUGACUACGCGCCCUAUCCGCCGCUGCCGCUGGCACCGCACGGCCAGCACGGGCAGCUCGGCCAGCACGGCCAGCACGGCCAGCUGGCACCCCACGGCCAACACGCGCCACUAGCGCCGCACUCGUCCCACGGCCCGGGCUCGGAUUACGCUCGCAACUCCCAGAACCCAUCCAGACAAGACUACUGCUCGGACCCCUACGCCUCCGUUCACAAGCCCAAGAAACGGAUGGAUCAACAUAUCGAGUCCCCGUACCACGAAGUGAGCGGUCUGCCGGAGUUCCCCGAGGCGGCGGACGACAAGCCGGCGCUGUCCCUCAGCUACGACGAGUCCCUGGAGUCCGGGUACUCCACACCCAACUCGCGCGCCCGCCGGGUCAUCAGAGAGAUCAUCGUGUGAAAGCCGUGUCACGAGACGCCAGCGUCGUGCGGACCCGCCUUCGCACUCGUGUCUAUCGACAAUCGACAUAUUUGCACGUCAUCUAACUCUAAUGAUAGUAUAAGUCGCGACUAACACUCGUUCCGAUCUCUAUUUACUUAAAUUUGAUUGUUAAUUGAAAAUUUAUCGGCAUAUCCAAUAACCACCGAGAAUAAUAUGUAUGACGAGGAUAUUAUUUACACAAUGUUAGUCUAUACGUGUGUUGUUAUUAUAUACAUUUUACUUUGCAUUGGAAUCACUAAAAACUUAUUGAUUUCUCCAAAAUCAAUGUUCGUUUGUCCCACCUUGGGUCUAAUCGACGUAAUUUUCUUAAUUACUUGAAAAACUCUAUAAAACAUAUCUCAAUUUGUCUAACCUAUCCCUUACUGUGUCACUGACAUCAGUAGCGAUUACUUAAUUAAUUCUAAAACUCAAUGCAAUAUAUAAAAAUAUGUACAGUGAAAUGUUAUCUCUAUUAUAAACGUGUUAAGGUAUAUUUUAUCUCUCACAAUGUAUAUACACGCAGCUGGUGCGAAGGUCGACACAACGCAGUGUUGACUCGUCCGCUGUCGCUUAUGAUAAUCGUAAUAUUUAUAUUAAUCGAACUGAUUUUUAAUAGGUUAGGAUUCCAUUUUAUAUUUUGAUGAUGAUCAUUUGAUAUUUUUUUUUUUAUAACAUUAAUUUUGCUUGUAGGGAGGUCAUUCUUUUCGUUUCCAAUGACAGUAAGGUCUGAAUUAGAUGCUGGCUGUUUCAAUAAAUUUACAAUUUCAAACUCAUUUUCAUGAGACUGUCUUCAGUGUCCAACGUCAUGCACUCUCUCUAUGUAAUAUAUAUUAUUAUCUAUGAAUAAGAAAUUCAUCACAAUUUUUAAAUUACAUAUUAUUAUUUUUCUUCUAUAAGAAUGUCAUUUGGAAACACGUUACUUACAAUAUUACUGUAACAAGUGUUAUGUAUGUAACCGAGUCUGUGUUUAAGUGUAAUCUCUCGAGUAAUCUCCGAUAUUCCGCGUGUACUUGUAAUCACUCGUAUAUCAAUGUAUUGUAAGCGCUAUACACAUAUCCUAUACUAUUUCGUGUCGUUGAUGUUAGGUUACGGCGAGCUUAUUACGUUACGAUACAAGACUGUUAAUAGAUGCGUCGAGGUGAGCGUGCUAGGCGUGUGUCCGAUGGAGACCCGCGCCGGUUAGUGUUAAGACUCUGACUCGUGUCUGUCCUUGAACGGACUUUCUUUCUGAACAUUAGCAUCGCUAACAAAUCUCCGCUAUUGAACCUUCGUAGAUUCUCUUAGGUUUUCUCGACUCGUGCCAUCGUUUGAUUCGAUAUGUUAUUUUGAUGCGAUUUAGUCGGUUUAGAAAAUUAUUUAAAAUGAUUUUUAAUUAGAUUCCUUUUAAGUUGUAUCGUUUACUCUGUAUUGUAUGUGCGUUAGUUGUCCUCGUGCAGAGUUUCUGGGGAACAGUCAUGUGAAGCGUGUAUGAAUUGUUACUAACAUGACUUAUUCUAGACGUUCCCCACGAACUCUGAGUGUGGUGAGGUGCGAUAUGUAUUCUUUGUAUCGGACGGAGGUCGCCAGUGUGCUGGUUUCAAUACAGAUUUCGAAAAAUAUGUUUUUAAGGAACUGUUGCAACGAAAACACACUAGCUCAGGUUCAAUUAUGAGACGUCCUAAAAUUUACGCGACAAGAAUUUCAAUAAAAUUGGAUCUUUUACCCUUUUAUUUACAAACAUUCAGUGCCAAGUUACUUACUGCAUGUUGGUAAAUAAUCUUCACUGGUAUCGUGGUGAGAGCCCUCGGUCUUUUAUUGCAUAUGAAAUAUAAAUUGUCAAUAUUUUUUUGAGACACUAUGUAUGAAUGUGCCACAAGGUUUAAUACAGCGCUACAUUUGCUUCUUGUUUGUGUGAACCUAGGACGUAAUACAUCCUUAAAAAAAAUGUGUUCGAGCAUGGCGAAAGGAAACUUGCUCCGUGCGCGACUGCACACAUUUGUCUAUAGAUAUCUGUAGAUAGCGUUAAUAUCUAAAUCUUGCGUAAAUUUUAGGACACAUUUAUAACGAAUUUAAUUAAUGAAUAGCUUUAAGGGAAUUAUGUAAAUAAUUAAUUAAUGCAAAAAUGUUCAUGCAUGACUCAUUGAAGAUAAGAUGCAUUGCCAUAACUAAUUGAUAGUUUAGAUGUGACUUAAUCGAGGGACUUAAUAUGCUAUGCAGAUGUUUUUAGAUAAAAUUAUUGACUUGGAGAUUUUUUUUAAUGUGACAUAUUUUUAACACGUUAAUAACCGGUUGGCGGUCACAGUGUACAUAAUGAUAUAUGGGGUGCUUUAAUAUUACGUGUGUAACCGGAACAGCGAUGUCAGCACCUCAUUAAGAAUACAUCUCUAUGUAAAUCAUGAUAAUUUUUAAUUUGCUUCGUAACUACACGAUUAUAUUAAGAUAUUACUUAUCAAAUAUUUUUUAAGUUGUUAGGAUAAGUUUAGACUGUUGUUAUGGAGCGGAGUUAUAUCAGGUCGAACUUAAAUCACAAUUCUGGUUAUAUUAUGAAAUAAGGCAUUAUUACAUAUAUGUUUAUAUAAUCUGUUAUGUGUAAUGUUUUUUACACAUUUCUAUUUCUUAAAUACAGGGAUUGUAAUUCAACAAAGCUUAGUUAAAGAUGAUUGAUUAUUUUUUCUUUGUCCGAGGAGUUUUUACUCCCGUCCGUUCGACUUUGUAUAUUAUUUCAAAGGUGGCAAAUGAGCAGACGGCCCUUUUGUUGGCAGAUAGGCACCGUGUUGUUGAUAUUGUAGAUGCUUUGCCGACCUUGAUAGUGUUAGAGGGAGAGGAAAGGGUGGGGAAAGGGAAAGUGCAACGGUCUCUCUCACUCAUCGGACGAAACGCAGCCAUUGAAGGCUACUUCACGCCGAUCUUCUGUGAGAGGGUGAUACUUCCCCGGUCGAGCCAGCCCAUGUUGUCGCUGCAGUACCUUGACUACAGCUAGGCUCUACGGUCUACCUGUAAAAUUAACAUUUUCAAGGUGGUAGAGCACUACUUGCAAUGUCAUUAACAUUUUGUAUAGUAAAAUCCGAAAUGUAUGAUAUAUAUUACAUACAAGUAACAUUACACAUUAAUGUUUAUUGAAGUUAACUAUGCGUUUAUUGUAAUACAAUGAAUUUCACAUAAGCUGCUAGAUGUUUAGUACGUUAACACCCACAAGACGGGAGUGCCAAAUAUUGGUGUUUAACAGACGGAACCACAGACUAUGUGGCAAUAUUUACUAAUUGUAAGUAAUACUUUCGACUGUGUCCGAUUAAUUCAAGUUAAAUAAAUAAUAAUAAUUUAAAGUGACAGUUGUUUCUAAUGUACUUAAAUUAGAUUUUUUUUUUUACUUUUAUUAUUUACAACUUAUGGCUUAUUUUUUUUUUUAUAUUAAACCUAUUGCUCUACUUAUAUAUAAAUAAAUUGUUGUUUUCUCCAUACAGAGUCAUAAAUCAUUUAUUGUAUUCUGGCAAUUCUAAAAUCAUUCCGCUGUUUUUUUUCUCAGUACACUUAAAAAAAGAUGAGUUCGAAAAGUGUAAUCAAUGUUAUGGGUAUCAUUGUAGGGGAUACAAACUAGUUUCAAUUAAAAAUAUUUAAUAAGUGUAAGACUGUAAAACAUAAUUAUUGUAAGAAUCUUUGCUAGAAUUAAGUAAAUGGCGCUAAAGCUUU